GUUCUCAUCACCAACUCAAUAACACACUGGAAAUAAAAACAAUACAUUGUAUUAAAUGCCUUUCGGGGAUAUCUCCACCAUGCAUGACUCAACAGGUCCUGCACUUCACCACAGCAACGUCGUGGUGUUUGACCAGGCCAUUGACGUGAAUGAAGACGUGACAGACUAUUUCAAUGCGCGUUUCUCUUCGCAACAGGACCUAGUCAAGAUUAAGCCUGCAUUGCAGCAACAAAUCCAAAUCAAGAAUGAACUACAACAAAAGCUUGAAGAGAGCAAGAACAGGACGUCCAAGGUCCUGGAACAAGCUCAAAUGGCUUCAAAAGUGGCUCUGGGAGAUUUAAAGAAACUAGAAUCCUCCGCGCUAGACCUGGAAGGACAAAUGGAAGAAUCCGAAGCCUUUGCGUCGGGAAAAAACAGGCGUGAUCAAAGGUCUCUCAUCGAAGAGCUAAGUGAUCUUCAGAAGAGAGCACAGGCAUUAGAAGAUGCUAAACAUUACAUCUUGAUCGUCACUCGGACACAGCAGCUGAUAUCAGAGUCCAGGACAUUGUUAGAGUCAUCUGUAGAACAGGCAUUGGUACCCUAUUCCUCGCUUGUCCAAUUGUCUAGCAGUGUCAAAGAGACCCUUGGCGGACAUAAUACCAAAUUGGAAAACUAUUUAACAUCCUGCGCUGCAGGCCUUCUCCAGGAGUUCAAGGUGCAUCUUGCAAAAAAAUUCCAAGCGUCAUUGGAUGCUAUUGGCUGGCCUACACCCAUUCCCGAGCCGUCUACCAUUUCAAAUGACAAGUUAGAUGCAUUUGAAGACUCUUUCAAAGAUCUUUUGCUCCUGCAGGAACCAACGUAUGGGACACUAGAUCGAUCAGGGGAUCAGCCGUAUCCACCACUUCUCACCACAGAGCUCAUGGUUGCGCCAUUGAUCUUGCGUUUCCGAUACCACUUUGAAGGAAAACGAUCUACUAACAGACUUGACAAGCCCGAAUGGUAUCUAAGCCAUGUUUUGGAGCUCAUUAAAGAGCAUACAUCAUUCCUGCAAGAUUUUGUCCAGACGGUUUUACAAAAUACACAAUUCAAGGAAUACGAUGUGAGAAAUGAUUUUAUCCGUCUCCUCCUUCAAGCAGUCGAGAGAAAGAUCCGGCAAUCGGUACAUCUCAUGCUAUCCAGCCCUGAGCUCCUGUCGCAUGCCAUUUAUGAGACUCUUCGUUUUGACAAGACCCUACGUGAGAAUGAGUAUUACUUACCACCAGGACAAAAAUCAGAAUGGCAGGGGGUUGUUCAAAUUUAUUUCGGGAACAGAGACUGGCUGAAGGCAUGGUUAAGGGCUGAAAAAGAAUUCGCGGUGGCGAGAUAUACACAAAUUAUAGAAGAUGCUGAUGCAUGGCAGCCAGCUUAUGAGGGCAUGGGCGAGAAAGAUUAUAUUAUUCCUACAAAAUCGGCAGAAAAAAUAAUGGAUCUUCUAGAGAUCAUUACAGAUCGAUAUAGGCCUUUGCCGGUACUGGAGCAUAGGACAUUCUUGUUGGACAUUCAGUUGGAUCUGUUGAAAGUAUAUCUCCGACAUAUCCUAGGACUCGUAGAUCAAUAUGAAUCAUUGACGUAUUCCUUUGUACGUGUGAUGCCUGGAGCCGCCUCUGCGGAUGAGCUCAAUACAAUGGGCAUUGAGGGUCUGCGCAAGCUGUGUCAGUGGCUUUCAAGUGUUGAGUACAUUAGCUCCACCUUGAAAGACUGGGGUGAAGAUGUGCUCUUUCUGGAGCUAUACAAGGAAAUCUUGGAGAGAACACAGAGGAUUUCAAACCCAUUGCACUCUGAAAAUGAAGAUUCGGAGGAGGAGGAUACGGGGGUUUGGAAGAAGAAGUUAGACAAGGAUGGGGCCAUUUUUGACGACACUGUUCAGGGUUGUGAGAGGUUAUCGAAGAAGAUUCAAGAGCUUAUUAUCAGAAAUAUCACCAAGGACGUGUUUGGAAGCAUGAAGCCUUACGUUUCAUUACGUUCUUGGCCACAAAUUGAGUUUUCUGCCCAAUCCCCAAUGGAACAAAAUCCUUUACAACAACAACAGCAACAACAACAGCAACGUCUUGAAAACGACGAUGUAUCUCCUGAACUGUAUCAGCCGAUUACGCUUCUUACGCAUGGAUUUGAAUUUCUUUACUCCACAUUACCAGCAAAGUAUUUCACAUUGUUGUACAAACAAACUUCGCUCGAAAUACAGGAUUUUAUUUGGCAAAAGAUUAUCAUGAAGAACUCUUUUUCCGAGCUAGGGGGCCAGCAGUUUGCACGAGAUAUCCGUAUCGGAUUGUUUGGAGCGGGUCGAAAAUGCGGUAUUAAACGACCAGAGAACUAUCACCGCAAAUUGAGAGAUGCAGCCAUACUGUUGUCACUACAUAGUGCUAAGGCUAAUUCUCCCCUACCAUUACCAACGCCAACGAUGCCAUUUGAUCAUGCGAUCAGCUCCAGCCCCGGCUCCAGUGUGAAUGACCCGGUGUAUGCGAAGAGGACACUCGCUCAAAUGAUGGCGGUGUUAUUUGAUGACGAUCUAGAAAAGGAGACGAUAAAGGGCAAGCUUGAGGAGAUUGGAGUGAUGUCUUUGGAAAUAGCGGAGGCCAAAGCUGUGGUCCGUCGACGAGUUGAAUGCUGGAGGUGAAAAUGGAGUGGAGAUGAAUGAGACAGGGGUAGUUAAAUAUAUGGUAGUGCAUAAUAUAAUAUUUAGUAAAGAGUAAAACAUAAAAGUAAAAAGUAAAACAAAUGGG